AGACAGGAUGGGGCUGCUCAGAUCACUCUGAAGUCUAAGGAGUGACUCGCUCAGUCUCCCCAGCAAGACUAUGAUCAUGACACCCAUGGUGCAUCUGUUGUUGCUCCCACUCCUGUUCAGCAUUGCUGGUGGGAAGGAUCUAGAGGAAAAGAAGGGCCUUUUUAAGGACACAGAGCUGCAUGUGCCAGAGGGGACACCAGUGCCAUAUCCCAUUCAUCAGUUUCAGGUGACCCAUCAAGGUGUUAAUAAUUUCAGGCUGAGUGGAGAAGGUAAGGAAGACAUCAAGAUUUCAAAUGACGGUUGGCUGUACCUGGAGAGGCCUCUGGACUGGUCUCGAGAUAACCAUUACAUUAUCACGGUGGAGGCAUUGGCAGAUGAUGAAGUUGUGGAUGGCCCAAUUAUCGUGACCAUAAAUGUGUUGGACGUCAACAACAACGCUCCAUACUUCAACCAGAGUGUCUACACAGCUAUGGUUAAAGAAAACAACCCCAACGGUGUCCCAUUUACCCGCGUGUUUGCUUUGGAUCGGGACGACCCGAAGACCCCCAACGCUCAUCUGAGCUACAGCCUGGUCAGCCAGAUCCCCAACAAACACCACAGCCUCCUGUUCCAGAUCAACCCCAACACUGGAGAGAUCUCUACUACAGAAGAAGGGGAAAACAUGCUAAAGGCCAGAGAAGGCAUCCAGUACGGCAGAGGAGAAGAUCGGAGCAUCGAGGCUCUGAAGACAAAGUUUGAUGAAUACUGUUCAGUGCAGGAGAUCCCCUAUGAACAAAACCCCUUCUUCACCUGUGUGGAGAGAGCAGAAAUGAGGAGGAGGAAUGUGGACCCCCUGGAUGACCCAGACUACACCCUAAUCGUGCGCGUGCAGGACCUGGGAGGAGAGUCAGAGACCGCACUGAGUGGAAACACCAGAGUGCACAUUGUUGUGCAACAAAACCUGUGGAUCAAUCCUGGACCGAUAACUUUGAAAGAGCACUCACCGGCCAGUUACCCUCUGGUUAUCGCAAAGGUCCAGUCUAAUGAACCCGACGCUGUUUACACGUUGGUGCAGAAAGAGCGAGAGCAGAAAUUCCCCUUCCGAAUCACAGAAGAUGGACAAAUACAUCUGACAGAGGAGCUGGACAGAGAACACAAGGACAUGUACAUCCUGGUGGUGUUGGCGAGGGAUAACAGUGGCAAAGAGGUGGAUCCACCCAUGGAGAUUCAAGUCUUGGUGGAGGAUGUGAAUGACAACAGACCAAUGUGUGAAAAUGAGGAGAGUGUAUUUGAGGUGCAGGAGAAUGAGCCUGUAGGCAGCCUGGUAGGACAGCUGUUGGCCCAUGACAAGGAUGAAGAGGGAACACUGAAUGCCCAGCUGACUUACGCCAUCGAGUCCCAGGAUGAUUCAACACCCACCACCUUCUCCAUUGAUGCUGCCACUGGAAGAAUUCAAGCAUUGCGCAUGCUGCAGCGAAAAGAACAGCAGAUUUAUAGUUUCAAUGUCAGAGUCAGCGACCCAGCUUUCAGCACAGACUGUAAGGUCGUCAUCAAGGUCAUCGACGUCAACAAUGAGAUGCCUCUGUUCGAGAAGGAGGAUUAUGGCAAUUACACUCUAGAAGAGGACACACCUAUAGGACACACAGUGCUGACCAUCAGGGCGUCAGACGCUGAUGACCCAGACAGCGGCAGCUCCUUUAUCGAGUUCCACAUCACUGCUGGCAACGACGAUGACCUUUUUGCUGUGGAAACCGACGGCAAAGGCGUCGGCCAAGUGGUCAUAGCUAGGCCUCUGGACUUUGAGUUGUCCCCCACCUACAGGCUCCAGAUUGAUGCUCGUAACCCAGAGCCGCUGAUGAAGGAUCUGGAGUACGGUAGCGAAUCCACAACCUUCGUCUCUGUGUCUGUCACUGACAUAGACGAGGCUCCAGAGUUUAGUAUGGAUAUCCUGUAUGUGACUGUGCCUGAAAACACCACCAAGGGCUCAGUGCUGCUCACUGUGGAGGCAAAGGAUCCAGAGGGCAAAGAGAUCGGUUUUAAGUUGGAUGGUGACACUCAGGGCUGGCUGGAGAUCGAUGCUGCCACAGGAGAGAUCAAGACCAAAGACAAGCUGGACAGAGAAACCUUGGAGAGUUUCAAAGUCACUGUCACUGCAUUUGAGAAGGAGAACCCAGAAAAGUCUUCCGAGCGUGUCGUGUCUGUGCAGCUGCUGGAUGUGAACGACAACGUCCCCAAACUGGUAGAGACCCAGGCCUUCAUCUGUGUGCAGAAACCCGUCCCUGUCGUCAUCAAGGCCACAGAUGGAGACAGUCACCCCUUCUCCGAGCCCUUCACCUUUACUUUGGGUAGCGGCAAGAAAUCUCCUAACUGGGAACUGCUCAAUGUCGACGGUACGACGGCAAAACUGACUCUGAAGAAAAAAUCAAGCGAAGAUAAAACCUUCAUACUCCCCAUUAACAUUAAAGACAAUGCAGGCAUGGGAGUCACACAUCCGUUUGAGGUGAGAGUAUGUAACUGCACAGAGCUCGGCUACUGCUACAUGGCACCAGAUCCGCGUUCCCUCAGUUAUGGAGUUGGACCCACAAUCGGGAUCCUGGCUGGCACUGUGGGAUUCUGCCUUAUUGUCUUCAUCAUUGUGAUCAAGCGUACAAAAAAAGGGGGUAAGAAGAAAACCUUGACUGAAGAGGACGAGAGGAACGCCAUGAUGUAGAGACUACACACACACAUAUUUGUACUUUUACACUCGUGAGGACGCUCACUGAUAAUAAUACAUUCCUUAAUGCCUCGCCAUCACAUCUACAUACCUAACCUGAACCCUCAUUCUGUUUUGAUGUUUCCUUUUUAACAUCUGUGUGGGGACAGCAGAUGAAAAAUACACUUCUAGGCGAACUGUGGCUCAUUUUAUUUAGUUCUUUUUUUCUGUUGAUC